AUGCUCGUCGCCCGGCGCUCCCUCCAUUGCGCUCGUACCCUCACCCGCCACAGUCUCCUCCCAAAGCCCGAGUACUUUUGCCGCGCCUCCGCCGCCAGCAGCAGAAGCAGAAGCUUCGCCACCACUCCCGCCCGCCGCAACGAGAUCGUCGCGAACAAUGGCACCGCCGCCGCUGCCGUGCCCAAAGAUCCACAACAGCAGGUAUACUCCGAUCCGUAUGCCAACGAGCUGCCGAUCGAGGCCUACGUUCGGAACGUGCGCGAAGUGUGGGGAGAAAACUUGCCCGAGGGGUUGCUGUCAGAGGAGGAGUACAAGAUCUACGAGCGGUAUUACGGCCCGCCUGUGCGCACUCUCACGCCGGAAGAGGUCGAGGAGGAGUAUGGAAUAGCUGAGGGUGAGGAUGGGGAUGUGGAUGGACUCGCGACGCUGCAGGAUGCCAAUGGCGGGGUAGAGGAGGUAGAGGAAGAAGUGCCGGAAGGGUUCGUGAGAGCGCGGAGUGCGGAGGAGGCAGCCAUGUAUGCGCGCAUUGGCGAAGAUAUCCAGCGGUCAAUGAGUCUGGCCGAGGAAGAUGGCGGUAGGGUAUUGGAGGGAGAGCACGAUGCGGAGGCGGAGGUCGACGAAGAACUUUUGAUGCGCACACAUCCGCUCACCGAGCUCGGACGGUUCGGAACGUUUCCCACCACCACCUUCACGCCUGUCGGCAUCACAAAGCCAACGGCUGCACUGCUAUCGGGCGUCAGCAAUAAACAUCUCGACGAUGCCAUCUUCAGGAUCCUCGGAGCGUCGCUCGAGAAAACCCCCAUCAGGACGGAACACUCCGACAAGGCGUACAACUCUAUACCCCUCAACACGUCCAACGCCAUGAGCGAGAUGGAUGCCAAUGUCCACAUGGCCACGAUUCUUCCCGGGUACUACGCGCAGUCGCUCAGCACGCUGACGGAGCUGCGACGGCGGCUGGGACGGGACUGGAUCCUGGGCAACGAGCACAGCGGGGAGAAGGGUGUCAAACUUGUUCUCGAUGUCGGAACGGGUGGUGCUGGAGUGCUUGCCUGGCGGGCGAUGGUGGAAGCCGAGCGGCAACUUCUUGCGGACGAAGCAUCCGAGAUUGAUGAGGAAAUUCCCACUCCUACUGAGCAGAAGGCAGUGGUCGUGAUGGGCUCACAACCACUGCGUUACCGCAUGGCUAAACUUCUUGAGAACACCACCUUCAUCCCCCGCCUUCCCGAUAUGCCCGAGCAAACCGCUGAAGAGCAAACCGCUGAAGAGCAAACCUCCGCACCGGCAAAGCCUGGAUUCGUCGAUAAGCAACCACGAAAGCUUUACGAUCUCAUCAUCGCAACAAACACCAUCCUCCCCAUCUACGAAAGCCACAAGCGCAAAUCCCACGUCCAAAGGCUGUGGUCCCUCCUCAACCCCAACGGCGGCGUGCUCCUCUUAGUAGAGAAGGGCACCCCGCGUGGCUUCGAAGCCAUCGCAGGAGCCCGCAAAGGGCUGCUGAAAUACAACAUCGCCACCGCCGACAGCGAAUUCGUUCCGCUCAAGGAAACGGAGGACGUCUCAUCACCACGCACACGCAAGGAAACGUCUAGCAUCGUAGCGCCAUGCACGAACCACAGUGAAUGCCCGCUCUACGUCAAUGGCCCGGCCAAAUCCAUCAGCCGCGACUUCUGCAGCUUCUCGCACCGCUACCAGCGACCAAACUACAUGCAGCGCGUUCUCGGCGCAAAAAAACGCAACCACGAGGACCUGAUCUACUCGUACGUCGCCGUCCGCCGCGGCAUCGACGUCACUCGCCAGGAAUCGCCGCCCAUAGAACCCAAAAUCGAGGACUUUGACACCAAGGUCACACCCCCCGUCAGUCCGUACUCGAUGGCGCAACUACGGGCACACGCUUACACUCUCCCGCGCGCCAUCUUUCCGCCAAUGAAACGCACCGGCCACGUCGUCAUCGACGUGUGCACGCCGAAGGGAAAGAUCGAGCGGUGGACUGUCCCGCGCUCGUACGGAAAGGUUGCGUUUAGGGAUGCGCGGAAGAGCAAGUGGGGAGACCUGUGGGCGCUCGGCGCAAAGACGAAGAUCGCGAGGAAUAUCAAGCUCGGCGAAAAGCAGAAGAAGAUGAAGGUCGUCAAGGAGGAGAAGAAGGAGGUCGAGUGGAAGGUCAAGGGCAAGAAGAAGCAUUGGGGCAAGAAGGAGGUCGAGAUCAAGAAGGAGAGAGGGAAGGGCCUCACUUUGGAAAGGGCGUCGCAGAGGAAGAAGAAGGAUGCGGGUAUGUAG